AUGCAGCACAUCACGGACCUGCGCGACUCCUCCGACGACGAGCAGUCAUUUAUUGAUAUGACCGGCGAUUCGGACGGCGAGCGACGCCCGGAGCCACGCGUCAGCGGCGGCGGCAUCGAUCUGACUGGCGCCACGGUUCGCGGCGUCGCGGCAACGCCUUCGAGCGCUGCCAUGGCGUGGGUGGCACCCCUGGCGCCCGCGCCGCGCAUCACUGAGUCGCCAGUGGCACCGCGCCCGGCGGACGACGACGACGAGGACUUCCUGGCGUUCUUCAGCAGCCGCCGCGGGCCGGCGCCAUCGCCGCCGCCACCGCCGCCGCCACCACCGUCGCCGCCGCCCGCCGAGUCGACGCUACUCCGGCCGACCUUGACGCGAGAGGAGAGCGUGCUCGACAAGAAGGGCCCCGGAGGCCAAAAGCGCGAGCUGCUCGUUCAUUACUACGCGGCUGACGAGCGAAUUCUGGACGAGGCCGGGUGCCGGCAGCUCUUCGGCUGGCUGACGCGGCCCAAGUCCGAGGGCGGCGAGGGGCUCGGCGUGAAGUGGGGGACGACCAAGCAGUGGUGCGCGGGUCGAUGCCUGGGCAGGUCGUAUAGGCUACGGUAUAGCGUGGACGAGCGGCGAGGUGAGUGGGACGUACGGCCGGGGGACGAGCGCGGCACGGCCACGAACCAGCAGAUCUGGCUGAUAGGCGAGCGCAUCGUGCGGCUCCUCGGGCUCCCCAAGCCCUUUGACUACGCCGUCGUGCAGAUUUAUAAGGUUGACGAUGAGCUCGACCGGAUCCUCCGCGACGACUACGAGGCGAAGGUGGCCGCGGCCACGCGAGAAGGCCGGGCGCCCCCGGAGCGCGGCAGGUCCUAUCGGAAGGGCAUCGGCGCGCACACCGACGAGGAGCAGGACCCGUCGUCGCCGAUCGUCUGCCUCUCGCUCUACGCCAACCCGCAGCACUCCCGGCCGCUCACCAUGAAGCCGAGCAAGCACUACCGGGGCGCGGGCGGCCCGGUCGAGAUCGAGGACAUCGAGCUCGCCGACGGCUCGCUCUACGCGCUCAUGCCGCCGACGAACGAGUGGUGGCGGCACAAGCUCAAGCCGCGCACCUGCACGCGCGUUUCGAUCACGUUCCGCCGCGAUCGGCCGCCGAUCGAUGGCGGCGACGAGCAGUGCCGGCUCGUCCAGGGCAGCACGGUGGGCUCGGUGUACCGGGUCACCCCGACGUCGUGCAACUGCAUGUCCUUCGUGCGCAAGUCCGGUACCAUUAACGGCACCUGCAAGCACAUGCGCCAGGAAUUCCCGGGCUGCCACGAGCGCCCGAAGAAGAAGGCGAGGAAAUAG